UGCCGACGUGUUUGCUCGUUGUGAUUCUGACUCUGAUCCGGCCGUCGGUAGAGAUCAACGGUAACGGAACGGAACUUCCGCUUCCAGAAAAUAACGUCGCCGAUUUUAACGGAUCAGAGUCUGCGAACAGAUCAAGACACAUUUUGCUGCCAAUAUUUUGCUGUCAUCCAGGAAUGGUUCGGCUGCCGGGUCGCUGCGAGUCGAAUAACGACGCGCCUCUUAUCUUGGUGAAAAUUGGAGAAUUGACGAACGAACUUGGAGUCGAAGUCGAUAUCCCGAAUCAUAAGCACCACCUGGUCACUCAUGAUCCUUGCAUCGCCGACUGGACGAGAUCAUCCAUUGUAGAUUUCAAGGCAGGAUCACUGUGGAGUCAUGAGAAAUAUUGUCUUCUGUGGGAUCCGAAAAAGGCGAACUUUGUCGCCAAAGUCUGCUACACAUGGUUGAGCUUGCACGGUUCUCCGUUUUUUCCCUAAUAUCCUGGCUCAACGUGAUGAACUUUGAGAUGUGGAGAUCGUUCCGGAGUUUAAAUACUUUACAAAUGAGGGAACGAACGAGAAAAAAGUUCAUGUGUUACGCCAUCUACGCUUGGCUAGGACCGAUCUUGAUGGUUGCGGUCGUCAACGAGGCUUCGACCAAGAUACCGUUCACCUACGACGAUCCGGGCGUGGCUGCAUUCAAACAUUGGACGAGUGUCGGAAUAGUUCUCACUGGUAGUCUCUGCAAUAUUUUCUUAUACUCGAUGACGGCGCGUGUACUAAACAAAUUCAAAAAGGACACAAGGCCUUUGACAGAUUUGUCAAACGAACACUACGCAGCCAGGAGACAAUGGUUCAAGCUACACAUGAAAUUGCUGUUACUGACUGGAGUCCAUUCGAUAGUGUGGAUCGUGUGGUACACCUGGCCGACAGCUUGGGUGACCCACGUCUCCGCGUUGGUAGAAGCUAUUCAGUUUUCGGUUCAAGGCUUCGUCGCCGGACCGAACAAAUAG